AUGUCGUCGUCGGCGCCACAGCACGCGGUGCCGUCACACGGCCGGCGGCGCGAUGCCCACGAAAAGCUCGAAGCCUUGCUAGGCUCGAGCGGCGACAAGGACGCCAAAUGGGGCUGGGUCGUGUUCCGAACCGGCUACCGCCACAUGCUGCUCGACAGCAGCUGGAAGACGCUCGAGACGCUCACGCCCGAGGGCCUCCGGGGCGAGGCGGAGGGGUCGUACGCGCCCGGCGUCGCGCAGCGGCUGGAGUGGGUCACCUUCUUCGACGAGUCCCUCAUCGACGCGCCGGCCGAGGAGCUCGAGCGGCGGUUCAGGGCGUGGGUGCGCUCGCGGCGCCCGCGCGACGACGGUGGCGUCCCGGGCUCCUCCGUCCCGCUGUACCGCUACUACCUCCACUCCGACGCGGACUCCCUAGAUAGCAUCAGCGCGCAGGCCCAGAACCAAGCCACGCCCGACUGGAUUUGGCUGGUCCGCGCCUGGGCCGAAAACGGCGAGGACCGCAUGCGGAUCCCCGUCGGCGAGAUCGGGCCCGCCCUCUACGCCAAGCUGGCCAGCGACGAGGCCUGGACUGCGCUCUACCAUUCGGGCAAAUACGACGAGCAGCUGACGGACUUAAACCUGGACGGGUACGGCAUAGAUCCGGAUGGGAGCUACAUUUGGCCCAACAAAUGGGUCGACGGGAAGAUAGUCCCCCCGGAAGAGCAAAAGCCCUAG